ACAAGAGCAGCGCACACGGCCCCGCACGAGACAAUGGCGAGGGGGCCCUCACUGUUGUUGAUCACUGAACACAAUUAAAUUUCAGCUGCUUUCGUUUUCGGUCAUUUUCAGUCACUUUCAUUUUUGCCCAUUUUCAAUCAUGUUUCAGUCACUUUUAACCGAGUUGAAGUCAUUUUCAAUCAAUUUCAGUCACGUUUUGUCCAUUUUCGGUCAUUUGUUAACUUUUAAUCACUUAUUCACUGUACGCGGCACGGAAGAUCGAAGUGAGGGACCCUCGGACAAUGGUCAUGAAAAUGUCUCUCAGGUCGGGAAAUGGAAACGGUAGAAAUUGGCCGCGCUGGCGGGUCCUCUUGCUGACACUGUCUGUGGUCUCCAGGGUUCCCCUCCGCCGGUGGCCCGCUCGCCCGGCCCUUGGCCCGGCCCUGGAUGCUUGUUAGAGUCCCUCACUGAUGUCUGAUUCGCUUUUUUGCUCUCUUGUUUGCAGCAGAGACGGCAGCCGAGCUGAGCUGGAUGAUGACGCUGGCCGUGGUGUCGCUGCUGUCGGCGGCCAUCGGCGCGGCCGUCAUGGUCACCGUGCUGCACUGCAGGUCGCGGCUGGCGGGGUUUGGUUCCGCAGGACUGUGCACCCUGUGCGUGGGGCGCUCGCACGCGGGACGAGUGUCGGCGCCGACCAGCCCGCUGGCCGGCGGGGGUGUGGUUGUCGGCGGCGAGGACAAGGAGGCCGGGGUGGGCCCCACGCCACUGAGCCCCCAGGACGUGUCCGGGCCGCUGCUGGCGCUGUGGAGGGGCCGCGGCCGGUCGGGGGUGGGCGCCCAGUGGCCGUGGAGGCGGCGCGAGGCCCCUGCCGGCGGCCCCACCUGCAAGGGCCCCGCCCCGGAGAACCACUACACCUUGGAGGAGCUGGCCUACUCGGGCGGCGCUAGCGACGAGGCGCUGUACGCCGAGCUGGACCGGCCGAGCCUGGGCGGACGCGGCGCCUACCAGUACCAGAACGCGGCGCCCCUCGCGGGCGUGUCGCCGCCCUGCCACUGCGGCCAGGGCCUCCAGGUCGCCGCCCCGGGCAGCCCGCUGGCGCAGCUCGCCGCGCCCGACACGCCGUCGGCGCCCUCGUCGGCGUACUACUCGGACCUGUCGGCGCCCGACCGCACCUACGAGGCCGUGGGCGUGGGCAUGCCCUGCCUCAGCCUGCAGGUCAACCCGCACUGGGAGGCGGCGGCCGCGGCCGCGGAGGCUGCGCGCCGGCGGCAGCUGGCGCACCAGCACCUGCAGCGCCAGUUCCAGCAGCUGCAGCACAUCCAGAUGCCGGCGCAGCAGCUGCAGCAGCUGCAGCAGCUCGCGCCCAACGACAGCGCCGUGCCCUCAGACUACGUCUGACGGUCCGCCCCCCGGCGCCAGCAGCAGCGGAGGGGGCAGAGGGGGUCGCGGGCUGACGGACGCCAGAGACAAUGUCGCGGGCCGUCGCCGGACGCCCCGGAGGCCUCGGAGGGACGCUGACUGACAAGGAUGGACGCCCCGAUCAGCUCCGAGUCGAGUGCUGGUCGGACGAACCCGGGCUCCGGGCCUGGGAAUAUUUGUGAUAUGUAAACGAGUGGGAUGGACUCCCUCUCGCCUGCUUGUUAGAAAAGGACUGCAACGCCCCGCCACGCCCCGCCACGCCCCGCCCUGACUCACAAUUAAAGUGCAGCCCUGCCAGGGGACUCGCGGGGACAGACAAGGGCAGCGCCUGUGCCUGGCCGAAGGAACAAUUGUGCUUGUGCAUUCCCUCGAGCGGCCCGGCCGGCUGCGCUGCGCUGCGCCUGACCACGACCGUGUUGUGUUGGAGAGGGACGAGGAACGCAAUCAAGGGCCGUGGCUGCGCUGCAAGUGAUGGGUGCAUGCCCCGUCUCUCUCUCUCUCUCUUUUUCUCUCUCUCCCUCGCUUACUCUCUCACUCCCUCUGCCUCUCCCAGCGCAGCCGGAGAGAGGGAGAGGGAGUGACCGGCCGCAAGCGCAUUGUUUCAAACGUUUCAAACGCGGCCGCAGCCGUGUGCACGCCUUGCUGUUGAGCGCAGCGCCGUGUCGGGGCGACUUGUGCAUUUAAAUGGUGUGUGUGUGUGCGGUUCAGUUUUCAAUUUCGGACAUGUCGCCGUUUGUUUACUCAUUGGUCAAGCUAUAAAUUACUUUCUCUGUUCAGUAUUAAUAGUUAGAACGCAGUAGGUGUCUGACAUCUGAAACAUUCCAUUGUAGGGAAUUAAAAUAUGUUUAUUGCACAUCUUUAACCGGCUGUUAAGACUGUUUCUUUACCAAUUUUGGCUUCAUUGUAAUCUGUAUAACAUUCUCAUCAUGCGCCAUACUAAAUAUUGAAAUUUGUCACACCUUUUCAUUAUAACAUGCCCUGCCUAAGUCAUUCUAAUCCCUUUGUGAAGAAUAUGAACAUAAAUAUAAGUAGUCUGAAAUAUUUGUAUAUAAUGUAUGUUGUUGUCUAUGUAGUAUCUACAUAGCUUGUGUAAAUGUACCAUGUUAAAUUUGUGUACAGUUUGAAAAAGAGAUCUAGAUAUAUUAUAGAUGUUUACGUCCUAUGGACGGCUUGAUUUACUGUUUUGUCCGUUUUGUUGUUGUUUUUUUAUAUGUGAUUCAAGCCAUGGGUACAGGAAGUUCCAAGAAGAAGAAGAAAGAAAAUAUAUGUAACUUGACAUAUUUACAUUUGACAUUUGACUUGCUGUACUAUUGGUUUGAAUUAAAAUUGGCUGUGAUGUAUUAAAAAAU